AUGUCUGGCUCAGCGGAGGUUGAUGCAGCUCUGCACCAACUGCAGACAAAACAGGGACCUCUGCUUGACAAGAUUGACGAGCUUCGCACGAUCGGAGUUGGUGGACUUGUCGGGUUGCCGCAGCUCAUCGUCUGUGGAAAUCAAUCCAGCGGUAAAAGCUCUGUCCUCGAGGCCAUCUCUCGUGUACGCUUUCCGGUGAAGAGUAAUGUCUGCACUCGAUUUCCGACAGAGGUUGUUCUACGUCGUCGUCCAACAUCCCGGUUCAAGGUAUCCAUUGAGCCUGGGUCACUUCGGACGACCUCAGAAACUCGUCGGACGAUCGAAGCAUUUGCACCUACCGAGGUUACCAGCAGUGAUCAGUUGAAGUUUCUAGUCGAGAAAGCCGAAGAAGCCAUGGGGAUUACCGGUGAAGGAUUCAGUGACGACGUUCUUAAAAUUGAGAUAUCGGGCCCCGACAAACCGGAAUUGACACUCGUCGAUCUUCCUGGCCUCUACACGUCUCACAGUACAUCUCAGGAUAAGCAGGGUAUUGCGAUUGUUCAUGAACUCACCAACCGCUACAUGAAAAAUGAACGCAGCAUUAUUCUGGCUGUAGUUUCAGCAAAAGACGACUACCACAAUCAACGAGUAUUGAAUCUGGCCGAGCAAUUCGAUGAAUCUGGAGAGCGCACCAUCGGAAUAAUAACGCAGCCUGAUAAAGUCGAAGCUCAUUCAGACGAGGAGGCGUCUUGGUUGCAAAUUCUCAAGAACGAGAAAGUUCCGUUAAAGCUCGGUUGGCAUGCAUUGCAAAACCGAAAAUAUGAAACUCGCAAUGUAUCAGACGAUGAAAGAGAUAGGGCAGAGAAGGAGUUCUUCGCCCAAGGGAAUUGGAGCGUUAUUGCGAAAGAAUGUAUGGGAAUAGACCAUUUACGACGUCGUCUGAGUGCUGUUUUGCUCAAGCACAUCCAACGGAAUCUUCCUGGUCUCAUUGCCGAUAUCAAUCAAAAAGUGCUUGAUCGACAAUCAAGGCUGGCUAAAUUGGGUCAACCUCGAGGCACUCUCCAGCAACAGAAGGGGUACCUACUCAACAUCAGCAGCAAUUUCGAGCGCAUCACCGGUCAAGCGUUGGAUGGCAUGUACAAAGAUGAUUUCUUUCAAGGCGUGAAAAAUGAGACAAUGCCUUUCCAUCAGGAUCUUCGACGUCUUCGCGCCAUCAUUCGCCAGCUUAACGAAUACUUUGCUGAUGCCAUGGAAACCGUUGGCUGUCGUGACUUCAUUUGUGAUCCCCCAAGUCUAUUUUCUCCAGUUCCCAUGCAUGGGAACCCCUACACCGAUUCUAGAAAACCGAAGCGCAGAGUUAGGCUCGAAAUCGAAAAUGAAGUCAACCUCAAAGCAUGUCAAAAUCGAGGACUUGAGCUUCCAGGAAGUCCCAACCAACUUUUAGUGGGAGAACUUUUUCGAGAACAAUCCAAGCCUUGGGAAGAGAUUGCGCGAGAUCACUUGACAAAAACUUGGAAUUCUGUCAGAGAUUUUAUCAGCCUUCUCUUGGAACAUCUCGCCAAUGACCACACUUACAGCCUCUUGAUGGGCAGUUUUCUUGAUCCUGAGUUGGAUAAAAUGAAGGACCAUCUUCUUGCAAAGCUAGAUGAACUUACUGCAUACAAUAAGAAAGGCCAUCCGUUGCCUUUAGGCAGAAGCUUUCUCACGAGAAUUCAAAAAGCCAGAAGCGAUCGCCAAAUUGAUAGAUUGGAACAGGCCUUGCGAACAGGACCUCAUUCUGGAGAUGACUCCACUACUAUCGAACGGCUUCGACAAGUGAAUAGUGAACUGGAGUCAACGAGCAAUCAGUUUGCAGCAGCAGAUGUUGUCGACCAGAUGCAAGCGUAUUAUGAUACCACAAUCAUCACCUUCAUUGAUAAUGUUGCUACGCUUGGAAUUGAAAAUUGCCUGCUCGGUCCUCUGAGCAGCAUUCUUACGAGCCAGACAAUAAACAACAUGGACGACGCACAGGUUCAAGAUCUUGCCGCCGAACCUUCCUCUACCGUGGAAGAACGAGAUCGCAUUACCCGCGAAUUGGAAAUGCUGCAGGCUGGUUCGCGCGCAUUGGGCAAAUUUAACACCCGAAAGGUUGCCUCAAAGCCUGCUCUUGCCAACUCAACCACCGAAAGCAAGUCACCCCACGACGCCACUUCCAGUGCGCCACAGUCGUCGUGGUCUUCUCGAUCUAGUCGUUCUGGUUCAGGCUUCAAACAUGUCGGAUCAGGCCCACCAGCUACCUCAUCCCUUUUCGCAGGGUCGACCUUGAAGAGGACUAACAGAAACGAAUCAAAUACCGAGCCUCGUAGUCUAUUCGGCUCUGGCUUUGAAGGGGGAGGCGGAUUCUUUGGCCCCUCGUCUCAAGGAGGCUCUACACCCAAAGCAUUCGGACCAUCGACACUUGGUCCAGGCGGAUAUCCUUUCUCGUUUGGAAAUUCUGCCAACCCUCAAACCCAAAGCGAGCGCAUGGUGUCCACUACUCAAUUGAGCGACAAACUGAGCAACACUUCCCAGCGGUAG